UUAAGAUAAACAAAGCACCUUUUAUAAGAGGGGACAUUCACAAAAAUAUCAGUAAUCUUCCACAGAUCACCAGGAAAGAUGAUCCUCAAAAUCGCAGCCAUCGGGUUGGUCACGGCUCUUGUAUGGUUACAAGGUGCUAAUGGAGCUUCCUACUCGAAAGUUUACGUCCAGUCUGGUGGCCCAGAUGUAGUUCCAUUGGAAUAUUAUAAUUAUGGUGCUCCGCCCGUGAUCUCAGAUCCCCAAAUAGCUCGCUUAUCAGCAGCGCCUAUUGGAUCAAUCGUACCUGUUCAAACGGUAUCCAAUGUAAUACCGCCUUGCGUCUCGCCGUGUGUGGUCUCUGGUCCUAGCAUUGCCCCAGUUGCUCCAGUCCCCAGUGCUAAGAUUGUUUCCUACAACUCUCCACAAAUUCCUGUUGUGGUUGCGGCAAACAAGGACCAUGGUUAUGAAUAUUCUUACGUAGUAUACGAUGAAAAUACUGGCGAUAGAAAAGCCCAACGUGAACUAAGUGAUGGCGCUGUAGUCCGUGGAGAGUACUCAUUUUUGCAACCCGACGGGUACGUUCGGGAAGUGCAAUAUACAGCUGACGAUUUGACGGGAUUCAAUGUCGUCGUGAAAAGCAUUUUGCCCGAGACUGUUAAAAAACCCGAAAAAGGUGAGCAAGCUCCGUGUCCUAUUGUGAAACAUGAAGAUUUAAAAGUAAACGUAUCAACUGAUGCUCCAUCUCAUGAUGAUCAUGGGCAUGAAGGGCAUGACCAUGGACCUGAAGGUCACGACCAUGGACACGAAGGUCAUGACCAUGGGCCUGAAGGACACGACCACGGGCACGAAGGUCAUGAUCAUGGACCUGAAGGACACGACCACGGACACGAAGGCCAUGACCAUGGACCUGAGGGACACGAUCAUGGACACGAAGGUCAUGACCACGGACCCGAAGGUCAUGACCACGUGCACGUUGAAUUAGUAGAAGUCAAGGAACCCACACAUGAAGCAGUCGUUGUAGAGCACACAGAGCCUGAACAUGAAGCUGUUCAAGAACACGAGCUUGUUCACGAGCCAGAACCUGAACAAGCGCAUGUUGAACAAAUCCCCAUAACAGAGCAUGCUCCCGAACCAGAGCACGAGCAUCCCCAUGCUCCUGUGCCAGCCGUGGAACAAGUUGAAGUACAUUCCGAAAUCCCAGCGGUCACGCACGAAGCAGUGGUAGAAGUAGUUGACGUGCCACACCAGGAUCCAUCCCCCAAUGUGUUAGUACCUUAUGAUGAGGUACUCCGAUGCUUACAAGCCAAAUCUCAAUCACAAAAGGGAUUGAGCUUUUCUCCACUAACUUACAUUAUUUUGCCAGCUUCUCAACGCCCAUGUUAAAUAAAUCUCACAGAUCUAGUCUCUAUUACCAAUUAUUUUGUCACAACUAUGAGUUUGAUUCGAUGCAUUAAUUUCAAUGGCUGUUUUGUUUAAGUUUAUGAAUAAAAUGUAUGUUAAAUUUU